AAUGACGUACUCUCUGCUAGCUUGACGCUGCCUUUCCAAAGUUUCUCUUCUCAGCCCUGAAAGAAAAAGGGAAGACGUCUCUUUCAUUUAAUGUUGCUGAGCUGCUACUGUCGAAACGCAGAAGACCAGAAAUGUCUCCAGGCAGAUUUCUGUGCUGAAUCAUCUCUGAAGAAGCAGAGUUCGCUUGACAACACAGACUAAAAACAUCAACAGGAGGGACAUUUCUUUUAGUUUAGCUAGGUUUAAUACAGGUUUUCCAUUUUUUGUUAAUCGCGUUUUAUGCGAGUGAAGACACCAAAGCCAUGGCGUUCUUCGUGAAAAAGAAGAAAUUCAAGUUUCAGACCCAUCUGACCCUGGAGGAGCUGAGCGCCGUGCCGUUCGUCAACGGUGUUUUGUUCUGCAAACUCAGGCUGCUGGAUGGAGACUUUGUCGCUACUUCGUCCAGAGAGGAGGUUCAAGAGAACUGUGUUCGCUGGAGGAAGAGGUUUACUUUUGUGACCAAAAUGAGUGCCAACCCCCACACCGGAGUGCUGGAUCCUUCUGUGUGCAGGGUGUCAGUCAGGAAGGAACUCAAAGGAGGAAAAACAUAUACGAAGCUGGGCUUCACAGACCUCAACAUGGCGGAGUUUGCGGGUUCUGGCUCCACUGUGCGCUGCUGUCUGCUGGAGGGAUACGACACCAAGAAUACACGGCAGGACAACUCCAUACUGAAGGUGAUCAUCGGGAUGACCCUCCUGUCUGGAGAUCCGUGUUUUAAAACGCCUCCCAGCACAGCAAAGUCCAUCUCCAUCUCGGGCCGAGAACACACCCUGCAGCUGGACUGUAAGGGGGAGGGGACAGCUGAGCCCAGGCCACCUGUGGGGGUUUCUGUGGGGCGAGCCGCCAAGCCCCGCCCCUCCAUCGUCAACUCAGGUCUCCUAGAAGAAUCAGAGGUGAACCAGAUCCAGUCCGGUCCUGCAGAAGCCUUCCAGUCUGGGCACUCGCGUAACUCCAGCUACGCCAGCCAGCACAGCAAAAUCUCUGGCUACAGUACUGAGCACUCCUGCUCCUCCAGCCUGUCAGACCUCACACAUUGCAGGAACACCUCGACAGGAAGCAGCACCUCUGGGGGUUUGGGCCUCACCGCUGACACGCCUACAGAGGGCGACAAGGACUCUGGACGUCCGGAAAGACCCCCUCGACCUCCGCGGCCAGUCUUACCCCCUAACAGACCCCCCAGGAGGAAGCAAGACUCAGUGGAGAGUCACCCCUCCUGGGUGAACGACACUCGCAUGGAUGCUGAUGACAUUGUGGAGAAAAUUGUCCAAAGCCAAAACUUUGCCGAUAUCAACAACACUGAAGACAGUAACCUGCGUCUGUUCAUCAGCAGAGAUGGAACCACUGCACUCAGUGGCGUCAGGCUCGGAAACAGGGUUCCUGCAGGCGGGUACGAGCCUGUGGUGAUAGAGAGCCAUUAAACCGAUCGUCUGGAGAGGCGGCGUGUUGACCUGUGGAUCGACUUACUGGAUGUCCUGCAGCUUCAGCCGGUCUGAUGCCGUGACAGGAAAACUUAAUGAGUUUGCACUUUAUAUGAAAUGUGUGACAGUACUUAUAUGUACCCUGUUCAGCUGGGUGUGGGCGAGUCAGAGUGAAAGCACAGUGCAUACAGUCUUUCUAGGAGACCACCUUGUGCUGUGUUUCCCUAACAACAUUUGGAUUUAGAUCUGCAGAAGUCCAGAGACUUCAGGAGACCAGACUAUUUUGUCUUUUCACCUGUUGAGUCAUAAAGAUUCAGACUUCAGAAUCAUCCAGUUUAACCCCAGUGUGUUGCAGUAACUGAUGCUAACACAUGCUAACACUGUACUGGUGGUAUUUGAUUAGCUUUGUCCAAACUAAAAGGCAGGAAGCAGACUGACUUGGUGUUGAGCCUUAGAGCUGCAUCAGGUUUUUGAGUAGUGGAAGACUUUUACCCACAUGGACUAAACACAUUUUAGAUACAUGUUUCGAACAGUUUCGUUUUUUCUCAGGCACUCUCACCACUCUACCGUCUGUAUUGUAUUUUUCAACAUUGAAACCUGAAACUGGCACAUGAAUCACUGCUCCACCAAUGAAUAAGAGAAAGUGCCUGAGAAAGAACUCUGCCGACACAGAGGCUGGUGUUGGUACAGUUUGGAGUCAAAUGAUUUUUUUUCAACUAACUCUGUGACCAUCAGUGACAGACCAACUGUCAUGUGUGUGAAUAUUAAAACUCUAUUAAAGCUAGUUAGAGCCGACAUUAAUCAGUCAGCGACAGGAAGUUGGUGAGGCCCAGCUGCUCUGCAGGCUGGAGCACACUUCACAAUGUACUGAGGAUGUUUGGGUGAUAAUGGUUCUCAUGUUUAUGCUCACAAACAGGCCAAGGUGCUUGAUUUGUUCCUCUUACACUAUAAAGCAUUUUCCGUCCUGCAGUAUCUGCUCAUCACAGCGAUUCUUUUUACUGUUUUCUUUAAGCUCCUGUUUAGCCGACAGGUUACAGCAACUAUGAUUUGGCUGCACAGAUAUUUAGCAGCAGCUUCACUGUGGAUUCAGUGGAUUAUUUUCUUGAUGUAUGCUGCACGUUUUCACCACUUGAUCAACAUGAAUCUGACUCGGUUUUGUUGUUGUAAGUGGACUGACAUGGAAAGCAGUUAGGCUUGGAGGUUAGUCCUGGAUCUGAACCUUCCACUGAAAGCAGCGCAUCCAACACUGAAUGUGAUCAAAGGUUUAGCGGCCGGGAAGAUGCAGAAACUCUUUGUUUACCUUUUCGUUUGAAGCUGUUCCCUGUUGAUCGGAGAGAAGCAGUGGAACCAUUUUGUGCCUGUCAUGUACCUCUUAAAUGAUCCAGAAGCACCAUGAAAACUGUGAUAACAGUGUGCUAAUGAUGGUGAGGAGAGAAAUACUGUUUCCCCUUUUUGUAAGAUACAGAUGUAACCAUUUUGGAAAUCCCACUGUUGCUCUGGUUCCACGAAGUGAGUCCUCCUCUCUCAGCCAGCUGGAAACACUGGCUGUGUGUUGCAAACUGUUCUGGUUCUCCUCUGUCCAGCUGUAGAAAGAGUUAAACUCCAGGAGGGGGGAUUUCUGCAGUGGCUAUGACUGUGAACGUCUUUGCUGCCCCCUGGUGGCGCAGCGGCCUGCUGUCAGGUUCUUGUUUGACUCCAAACCCUCUGGUGAGACAGGCUGGUUUGUCUGCUGAUGAACAAACACCAGAGACAGGAAAGGGACAGUUCCUGUAGUUCUGACGGUUCCAAACACAGAAGAAGAACCGUAAUAUUAGAGACCAGCUGGCUGGUUGAUGCUCUUGUUUUGUUGUUAUAAAAGCAGAUUUUCUGUUUUGAAGGUUGAACUCUACAAACAUGUUCACCUCAAGACAGAAGAAGGAAGAUUUUAUUUUUCACAGAGUCUUAAAAUCUUCUCUUUGUAAAAAAAGGUGAAAAAACAUGUCAAUUUGAGGAAUAUUAGUCUUUUCUCACAUGCAGGUCAUUUUAAUUUUACAACUCUCUUCAAUUAAGUUAAAUUACUUGGAUUGAGCAGGUAAAAUUAAAUCUAGGGCUGCAAGUAAAGGUAAUUCUCCUCAUCGAUUUGUCGAUCAUUGGUCUGAGCAACUUAACCGAUUCACUGUCUUCACUAUAAAAUGUCAGAAAAUGGUAAAAACACCAUUGAACAACAAGAAAAUACUGCUGAUCACUUUAGUCCUAGUUUAUUAGCGUCAGAAACAAACUAAUCCUUCUGGCAGAAUAUUGUCCCUUGUUUCCGAAUCUGCCUAUAACAUUCUGUUCUUUCUCACUAAACUCAUUAGAAUGGACUUUUUUUUUUUAUUCACUUGUCAUUUCACAUUUUCAUCACACUACGCUGGUUGAAUCCGGCUCAUUAUAGGAGUGGAAUCACUUGUCUUUACACUACACUGUUUGUUAAUGAAUCACACAGUUUGUUAUUCUCACAUUUGGGGAUGAACCACUGAUCAGUCUGGAUUAGGAUUUACGCCACCGCAGCCUUUAGGUCUUUUAAAGCAUUUAUUUAUAUAUUUUUGUUCCUGAUUCUUUUGAAAUUUUUUGUCUGGGGGUUGGUUAUAAGCUAUGCACACCACUCACCUCCCUGAGCUGUUUUUUCUUUUUGUAAUUCUAACAAAUUAUUCUAUUGUAACAAAGCUAGUCUGACCUAAAUUUAUUAGAGUGAAGAGUUGGAACUGCUCUUCUGACCUUCGUGUAGUUGCUGCCUUCUUUUUUCUGCAGAGAUAACUUCUAAAUAAAAAGUUAAUCGAC